ACGAAUAUUUCAUUUAUUCCCCAUUUUGUCCCUCACCAACCACCCUUUACCCACUGAAUCCUAUAUUACAAAUACAAAGUAACUCUUGUUGUGAGAUCAACGUUCGAGACACACUCACUCUCUCUGUCUUUCAAACUGCAAUUCCCUCUCAACAAAUCAAUGGCUAUCGAGACUGAGAGAAAGCAACAACAAAAAGACACCAUCUUCAGAUCAAAGCUUCCCGAUAUCUACAUUCCCAAACACCUUCCUCUUCAUUCCUAUUGCUUUGAGAACCUCUCCGAGUUAGGAUCGCUUCCCUGUUUGAUCAAUGCUCCAACGGGUGAAACCUACACCUACACCGACGUUGAAGUAACCUCACGAAGAGUAGCCUCAGGGCUCAACAAACUCGGCAUCCAACAAGGCCAUGUCAUCAUGCUCCUUCUCCCCAAUUCCCCCGAAUUCGUGUUUGCGUUUCUCGGCGCUUCUUUCCGCGGUGCCAUAACCACUGCAGCCAAUCCCUUCUUCACUCCCGCAGAGAUUGCAAAGCAAGCAAAAGCUUCAAACGCCAAGUUGCUUAUAACUCAAGCUUGUUACUAUGAUAAGGUAAAGGAUUUGGAAUCGGAGGUGAAGCUCGUGUUCGUUGACUCUCCCCCCGAGGGCCAUCUUCAUUUCUCCGAGCUAGCUCUCGCCGACGAGAAUGAAAUUCCAGAGGUGAAUAUCAACCCCGAUGACGUGGUUGCAUUGCCUUACUCUUCAGGAACAACGGGUUUGCCCAAAGGGGUUAUGCUGACGCACAAGGGAAUGGUGACAUGCACUGCACAGCAAGUGGAUGGUGACAACCCCAACCUUUACUUCGAAACAGAGGAUGUGAUCCUCUGUGUGCUUCCUCUGUUUCAUAUAUACUCCCUCUCUAUUCUUCUCUGCGGAUUGAGAGCCAAAGCUGCGAUUCUGCUAAUGCCAAAGUUCGAAAUCAAUGCGUUGUUGGGUUUGGUUGAGAAACACAGAGUGACAAUAGCACCAGUUGUGCCACCCAUCGUUUUGGCGAUUUCAAAGUCGCAUGAUCUUCACAAAUACGACUUGUCGUCUAUAAGGAUCUUCAAAUCAGGAGGGGCUCCCCUUGGCAAAGAACUUGAAGACACGCUCCGAUCCAAAUUCCCCAAAGCCAAACUUGGACAGGGUUAUGGGAUGACCGAGGCGGGCCCAGUAUUAACAAUGUGCUUAACAUUUGCUAAAGAACCCAUUGAUGUAAAACCGGGUGCAUGUGGAACCGUCGUAAGAAAUGCAGAGAUGAAAAUCGUGGAUCCUGAAAAUGAUCGUUCUUUGCCUCCAAAUCAACCUGGUGAAAUCUGUAUUAGAGGUGAUCAAAUCAUGAAAGGUUAUCUAAAGGAUCCAGAAGCUACUGAGAGAACCAUAGACAAGGAAGGAUGGUUGCAUACAGGAGACAUUGGAUACAUCGAUGAUGAUGAUGAAUUGUUCAUCGUUGAUAGGCUAAAGGAAUUGAUUAAAUACAAAGGGUUUCAAGUGGCUCCGGCUGAACUCGAAGCCCUUCUUCUCUCCCACCCUAAGAUCUCUGAUGUUGCUGUGGUCCCAAUGAAAGAUGAAGCAGCUGGUGAGGUCCCAGUUGCAUUUGUGGUGAGAUCAAAUGGUAAUACCGACACAACUGAAGAUGAAAUAAAGCAAUUCGUCUCUAAACAGGUAGUGUUUUAUAAAAGAAUAAACCGAGUAUUCUUCAUUGAUGCCAUUCCCAAGUCACCAUCAGGCAAAAUAUUACGGAAGGAUCUAAGGGCAAAGCUUGCAGCAGGCAUUCCAAAUUGAAUAAUCUAUCACUAUAGAACGAUAUUAUAUACGUAUACCAUAUUACACAAAGCCCGCUUAAGCUUCAAAAUUAUAAGCCAAGCGAGGCUUAAGGCUUGACCACAAUAUGGUAUAUAUAUGCAAACGUUGUCAGCCAUGUAUGAGUAAAUCAUUGUGAUGCUCUUUUAUUUUAGAACAAUAUAUGUAGUGUAACAAUUUGGUACAAUCAUGGGCUUUAUUUCUUCUACUACAUACACACAAGACGUGUCCUUGCUUAUUUUUUUUUGGAUAAUAAAUUUGACUUGCUUCCACGCACAGAAGACAUG